AUGGACCCUAAGAUCGAGACGGAAAACAUGAAACAGUCAACUCAAGCAUUCGCCGGUACGGCGACGGCUACCCACAGCUCAGUUAUGUCCCAAUUCAUGGCGAGCAUAUCUACAGCUAUUCUUAAAGACCCCGGCCUGCCUCGUUCAAAUCCUACAGUAUCUGCAUGGCAGAUCCCAGUUCAUCCCACAGUGUCCUCUAUCCAGUCAGCAGUACUGCCAGAGCAGACGGACUUUGUCGUUAUUGGCUCUGGAAUCACUGGCUGUAGCGUCACUAAAACCCUCCUCGAGCACAAAGCUGCAAAAGGCUCUCAUGUUACUGUACUAGAAGCGCGUACGCUUGUAAGCGGCGCAACAGGGCGGAACGGCGGACAUCUUGUAACUGCUGCUGGCCACACGUUCGGCCCGUUGGCUCAACAGCAUGGGCUCGAAGCGGCCCAGCAAAUCACACGAUUCAGUGUUCUGAACAUUCAGCAUGUGAUGGAUAUGGUUAAGGCUAUGGACAAGGAAGUUCAAGAAGACUGCCAGAUCCGUGAUGUGCGAAAGGUAAUGGCUGUUGGGGAUGACGAGACAUGGGCUGCUGCCCGAAGCUCAGUAUUGGCUUUCCAAAAGAACGUUCCCGAGUGUAGCACUUAUCAUCGAAUUGUCGACGCGGAUGAAGUGCCGGAGAGAUGGAAUAUUAAGGGAGCAUCAGGCGCUGUGGAACACGAUGCAGGGGCCAUCUGGCCAUACCGUCUCUUGACUGGCAUCUACGAGCGAUUGUUAGCUCAACACCCAGAUCGACUAGCCAUCGAAACACAUACACCAGUUAUUCGUAUCAAACUCCAGGACCACAUUGACCCGGAUUACCCGUAUCUAGUCACAACACCUCGUGGGACUAUCAAGGCCAAGAAAGUCAUCCACUGCACCAACGGACACGCAUCACAUCUACUUCCUCAACUUGCUGGCCGGAUAUAUCCUUUCAGAGGUACGAUGUCAGUCCAGAAACCAGGACCACAGCUCGAGAACGUGGGAGCAUCGAAAUCCUGGAGUCUGUCGCACAAGUCAACACUUGAUGCGCGAACAGGAUUAUUUGACACAGGUCUUUACUAUCUCCAGCAGAAUGCCCUGACAGGAAGGAUCUGGAUCGGAAACGAAACAGCCUAUAUGCACGAUAUCUUGACCUCGGAUGACACAUAUGUACCCGACAGAGCAGUGCAGGCCCUUUCAACUGUCCUUCCAAAAUUCUUUCUUAAAGGCUGGGGUACUGAAUCUAGUUCGGAGAUUGAGUCGAUAUGGUCCGGUAUUCAAGGCCAUACUGCUGAUGGAUUGCCUAUUGUCGGCCAAGUCCCUGCUUGCGUCACCGGGAGUAAUCAGGAUGACGGGCAGUGGAUCGCCGCUGGCUUCAACGGGUACGGAAUGGACAAGUGCUGGUUGACUGGUGAAGCUCUGGUAAAGAUGAUGUUGGGAGAAGACGUCAGUGCUUGGUUUCCGCAGUGCUAUCUCGUCACUGAGAACCGUCUUCUAAGUCAAUUGACUGCCGAAGCUACGGUCACUAAGUUUGCUGGAUUGGCUUCGGAACCUUUGGAGGCAAAGCUCUAA